AUGUUCGCAGCGAGGUCUGAUGAAAUUCGGCGCAAGCUGGGUUUAAGCCCGAAGGGCAGUCCUGUUCCAGCGCAAGCUUCCGGCAGGCCGCAAGAUUCACCAUUUCAGAUGGAAGCUGGUGGCAUGUCGGAAGACUCGGCUCCUUCCCGCAGAGUGUCGACCAACACGCUGAGCGAACCUCGGGCUGCUGGUAGCCCGAAGGUGAGCCCGCGUCCGGCGGUGGCGUCCGGCAGCAGGUUGCAAGAACCAGUCUCUCAGCAUGAACCGGUGGGCAGGUUCGAAGAGCCACUCGCUUCUCAAACGACUUCUGCCGGAAUGUUGGCCGAGAAGUCUUUCGUGGCUCAUGGAGCGUGGAACGGAGAGUCGCGCGCGACCACUGCAAGCUCGGCUGGGGUGCCAGGCGAGUCCAGAGCAACGACUGCGGGCUCCGCCAACCUACAUCAGCUUGGGGAUCCUUUUCCUGCAAAGGGUACCAUGUUGCCGGCGCUGACAGUUGAAACCCGCGGGCCUACAUCGCUAAGCACGCUUGAGGAACAGACAGCUCCGAAACUCGCUGGCUUGACGGCUGGAGAACCGCGGAUGCCUUCAAGCGGUUCUGGCAGCCAGCAGGGUCCACAGCUGUCCACAGUAUCAGAAUCGGAUGGUCGAUCCACGUGGAGCUUCGUAUGGGUGCGAGUCUCAAGCACUGGCGCGAGUAUGAAUACGAGUACGAAGAGGAAACAGUGUCUGACAGCGCCGAGAGCGACCGCGCCAAAAAGGCAGCAGAAUCUAAGAAGGAAGCACGCGACCGAGAUCGUGAUCGAGACAAGAAGAGGUCAAGAGAUCGAGACAACGACAACGGUAGGUCAAGAGAUCGAGAUAGAGACAAUGGCAAAAGCCGCGGCAGAAGCCGGGGGAUUCUUGUCCAAAGUUGAUGUUUCCGCUGAGGAUUGGUUGCAGGAAGUGUUCCGGCGGUCAAGGUCUCGUAGCGCUUCCAAAGAUGAGAACCGAGUCCCAUCUCCAACGUAUUCCACGGAGGACUUGUGGCGCAGACUCCAGCACCUCGGUACCUGGAAAGGAUUAGGCAAGAAGGAGAAGAUGAGGGGCAAACUUAGCGGGGCGGAGAAAGAUGAUCUUAGAUCCUUGGAGAAGAAGCUGGAGAAGCGGCUCAACACUGGCUACCGCACCUCCAGUAUUCGCACCGCAUUGAUGAUUCUCGAAAUGGGUUUCGAGGUCAAGGAGGAACAGAUGGGCAGACUGCUGGCGCAGUGCAUGCAGCGGCCCGGAAUAGUGCAGAUAUGUAUGACAAUCAAACUGGUCCAGAUUGUCCCGACUGCGUUUAUCCCGGUCGAGCAUUUCCUGCGUGGUUUGGGUGUCCUUGUGCAGCGGAACUUCCCCGUGCAGAUUCUGAGAAUGUGGCUCAACAUGGGCUGCCCCAGGGAUCAGCGGUCUCUGCGUGCACUUCCGUAUGACUAUGACGACGACGAGAAAAGGAUGGUGGCACAGGAUCUCGAAGAUGCCCUUGGUGUCAUCACCGAUGACGAGGAAGACCGUCGAGGGGCCGAUCGGCGCGUGAUUCUCGUCCAGGAGUGCAAAGCUCGACCAGAGCUGAACGGCAAGUACGAGCGGUCAUCAGAUCUGAUGGCACACGGCCGGCCUGUUUUCGAGAAGAAGGCGGAGGUGCGUAACCGAAAAGGCAAGGGCAAAGGCAAAGGAAAGCAUGAUGCGAACGAGAUGAAGCGAUUGCUCAUGCCGCACAUGUUGGAUGAUGAUGACAUCACCAUUGAAGUCAUGGUGAUCCAUUACAAGAAGGACAGGAAUGGCAUCAACACUGGUUGGUGGAUUAGCAAAAACACUUGCACAGGCCCUGGUCUUGCCUGGAACGGACGAGACACCAAAGGUCCACCCACAGGUGGUUGGUUUGUCAUCCGUGACCGUCAGAAGCUGCCAGAUCCAGUGAACAUCAUUGAUCCGAAGCAAGCUAACGACGAGAAUUAUCUCAAAAAGAAGAAGAACGAGGCCGCUCGAGCAUUGGAGCAGUUAGAUGGCAACAAGCUGAAGGGGCGACUUCAAGUGAAAGAUAAGAACGUCAUGGCAUCAGAGUACUUUGGUCAUUUUUGCAUGCUGAUGCAUCUGGAGCACAUGGAAGAGCUUCGGCAAAUCAGGCGGCGCACCGAAACCAUGGCGGAUGGGGAGCUACAGCGACUGGGCUGGUGCUUGGAUGGUCUUCCUUGCAUUGGGAUCUUCGGCAGACGCGAUCCGAAGAAGACCACGAUCAUCGGCUGGGAAGAUCCGGGGAGCGAGAUGGGUACACUCCAGCUUCCACCAAACACGCAGUUCGACCGCUUGAAGUUCAAGAGAGGUGAUUCCGUGAUCAUCAGCGAAUCAAGGCAGCAGGUCCGAGUGAAGGGCGAGGCCUUGGAGAAGCUGGGCGAGGGCUUUAUCGCCGACAUUCAGUUGCCUCGUGGCCGCGACGGCGAGAGCAAGAUGAUCGUUCGUCUUCGUGGAUGUUGGCCGGAUGAUGCCAUGGCGCGGCGAUGGCGAAUCGACAAGGGGGCUAACAGCACACUCUACGAGCGGCAGCUCCAGGCAAUGCUCAAUCUGGUGAACAAGGACCGAUCACGCGUGCCAGAGCUCCUGAUCUCUGCGAAGGUCGGCUUGGCAGACAGCUGGGCCAAACAGUGGAGGAAAGGUCAGGGAGUGACAGAAGAAGACAAGGAGCUCGCUGCAAAGGCAGCGGAGCAAGCAGAAAAAGAUGUCCUCAGAGAAAAGGAGGCAGCAAAGCUUGCUAGGCUGAAUCCUGGCGGAUGCGAGUCCGACAAGCUGGACAAGGCACUGAAGGAAGUACGGACCCUUUCUCAUCUCAACCAGUCGCAGCGGGAUGCAGUGCGCUCAGCAUUGCGGACCACCUGUACAGUGAUUCAAGGCCCUCCUGGCACGGGCAAGACGCACGUGUCUGUUCAGAUCAUGAAGAUGUGGUCAAAGACCCUGGACCUGUCACCUCUGCUGGCGACUUCUGACAGCAACCCGGCGGUGGACAACAUCGCCAUCGGACUCCGGAAAGAAGGCGUCCGGGCAGUACGAGUAGGUCGCCCAGACAAAAUCAACCGGAUCCUCGAGGAGAUCACGUUGGAGUGCUUGCUAGACAAAGAGAAGGAGGAAAUGAAGAACAGGCAAUACGAAGCGCGUUUCAAGUCCCGAUCGCGCUCCAAGACCGGGAGUCCGCAGCGGAAGGCCGUCUCGAGAUCCAGGUCCAGGUCCGGUCCACGAAAGGGCAAAGGUAAAGGAAAAGGGAAGGGCAACGUGAAGAACGACUUCGAGCUUCAAAUGCGAAUUCUGCAGGAUGCAGAUGUCAUCUGCACGACCACGAUCUCCUCCGGCGGUGACUUCUUCUCGAAGUUCGCCUUCGCUGGAGUACUCAUCGAUGAGGCGGCGCAGGCUACGGAGCUGGCCGCGAUCGUGCCCCUCAUCCUGCGAGGCUCGCAGCGAUUGGUCCUGGUGGGGGACCAGUGCCAGCUACCUCCGACUGUGCAAUCUAGCGAGGCAGAAGAGAGAGGUCUCUCACUGUCACUGUACUCGCGAAUGGUGGACUCUGGAGGGCUGAUGCCUUUUCUGUUGGACACACAGUUCAGAAGUCACCCGGUCAUCGCCGAGUUCUCGGCUCGAACCUUCUACGCCGGAAAGUUGAAGUCCGGCAUUCGCGCCGAAGACCGAAGACAGAUCCGCGGUCUCCCUUGGCCAAACCACAUGUCGCCCAUCGGCUUCAUCGAGUCCAACGGUGCCGAGGAGGAGGAGGGCGAAUCCAAGUUCAAUCCGACGGAAGCGGAAAUGGUGCAGAGACUGGUUCAGGAUGCCUUCUUCCAGCGCGAACUGGAGAUCACCGAGAUCGGGGUUGUGACCCCCUAUGUUGCACAAGUGCGUCUUCUGAAGCGGAUGUGCAAGCAAGUCAUUCCUGAAGGGAUGGACCCAGACCUCUUGGAGAUUGCUUCUGUGGAUCAGUUCCAGGGUCGAGAGAAGGACUUGAUAAUCUUCUCCGCCGUGCGCUGCAACAGGAUUGGAAACGUGGGUUUCCUAGCCGACUGGCGGCGGCUAAACGUCAUGCUCACGCGAGCACGUCGAGGAAUGGUGGUCGUCGGAAACUCACAUACAUUGAAAGCAGACGAGCACUGGGAGAAGUGGCUCCAGUUCUACGAGAAGGUUGCUUCAGGUCGCGCGCGUUCUCCAAGCCCUUCAAGGAAGAAGCAGGAGGCGCCUCCGAACGAGACGGAGGAGGAGAAGGAAGCGCGACUCAAGAAAGAACGAAUUGAAGCCGCGAGAAAGCUGUCAAUGGCCAUCCGCUUCCCGGGUCUGGCCAUGGCGCAGCAGAAGAAGAAGGAGGAGCAGCGAGAUCGCUCCAGAUCCUGGUCUCCAGAAGGUCCCGUCGUUGUCGGUCAAGCGGACAGCAAGUUCAAGGCCAUGGGCGGCAGGACGAAAGCGCGGAUCAAGACGCCCUCACCCGACCGACCCACGAAAGUUCAGAAGGCUAUUGGCAUAGGGCGCCGCAACAAGGGUGACGAGUUCACCAAGCCCGCGCCAAAUGGAGCUGGCAAAGCGAAGGCCAAGGCCAAAGCCAAAGUGGCCAUAGCAUCGGAUUCGGAAGGUCUGCUGCCAGCGCCAUCCGCUCUGAGCAAAGCUCCUCGCAGGCUUCCCGGGCGCAGACCCCGCAGCUCGACCAGGCACCUCCAUGGAGGCGGCCUGGUCCUUCGGGUACCGCAGGCGCAUCACGUAGCCGUCCUCAAUCACAGGGUUCAGCCAAGCCUGAGCAAUCACAAGAGGCUCCCGGAGCACGCGCCCGAGCACAACGGGCGAGCCUGUGCAAUUGGACGAGUACGGUUCAUGUCAGUGGACCUCGCAACACUUUUGCUUCAGAUUCGGCCUUUUCUGCCUGCCGGAGCUUUUCUGGUUCGAGUGUUAGCAAUGCUCUCUCGGGUGGGGGUCCAGCUGCUUGGGCCGAACCGCUUCGCGAGGUGGCGGAACAGGAUGCGCUUCGGCAAGAAGUCUCGUGACGAAGACCUCGAGGUGGUGCCCGUGAUCGGCAAAGAAUCGGAGCAGGAGGAUCUCCUCGAGAGAGGCGCGCCGGUCGAGACAUGGCAAGACGUGCGCCCGAAGAGCACGGUCCUAGGAGCUGCGCUGAUGCUGGCUGGGAUGUUCUUCCGCGACUCUGCCAUGGGUCGACGAGCGAUUAGCUUGAGUGUGGCAGUGUUCGUCUUGCUGCUGCUCGAAAUUGGUGCCAUCGUGUACUACAGCAGCGUACAAAAGGAAUACAUGACUGCGCUCCAGGAGAAGAAUAUUGAUGCAUUUUACCAUGGACUCUGGAUGGUGGGGGCGGUAAUCAUAUUCAUCAGUCCAAUAAUCGCACUUCAUGAGUACACAUCUGGCAUGCUGAAGAUGACAUGGCGUGCCUCUUUGACCAGGCGUUUCGCUGGAUUGUAUUUGGCAGCUCCUGGCUACUGUGAAGGCAAUCCAUUCUACCGACUGACGCUAACCGGAGAAAUCGACAACCCUGAUCAACGCAUCUGCCAGGACGUGCACGAGUUUGUCGGCAUUGCUGUCCAUUUGGCGCAAGACAUAGUCAGGACGGUCCUGAACAUAACGAGCUUUGCAGCCAUCCUGUACUCCAUUUCCCCUGCAGCCUGCUAUGGGGUCCUGGUCUACUCUAUAGUGGGCACCAUCGUUGCAACGAAGGGCUUUGGACCGUGGUUGGGAUUCUACCAGCUCCAGCGGGUCAAGCAGGAAGCGGGCCUUCGCUAUGACUUGAUUCGUGUGCGGGAGAAUGCCGAGUCUGUGGCUUUCUUUGAGGGUGGCGAGGCAGAGUGGUCCAAGUUUAACACCUUAUUCUCUGGACUGCUUCAGACGGUGUACAAGAGCGUAUUGGUCACUUCUGGCUUCGGCAUGUUCAACCGCUCGUUCCAUUGGGCUACCUUUGCAGUGGCACCUCUCCUUGUUGGUCCUGCCUAUCUGCGGGGUGAGGUGCAGUUUGGAGUCAUCUCCCAGGCCAGUAUGGCCUUCAAUAUCAUUUUGGGAGCAAUGACACUUGUCAUGGACAAGUUGGAGUCUUUGACGGAUGUUGGGGUCCGCGUGCGCCGGCUGGAAGAUCUCGAAUUGUCCCUGAGGAAGUGCCAAAAUGAGAUGCAGAUGUCUCGUGCCGCAGGGCUUGCUGGCGUGCAGUGCAUCGCAAGUGCCGAGCCCGGCCCCAGCGACACAGCCAUGCUCCGCUUCUGCAAAGUGACUCUCCGCACCCCACCUCGUGCAGGCAUCCUGCAGCAAACCCUUUGCCACGAUUUGUCUUUCGAGUUGGUGAGCAACCAAUCCCUGCUCAUUGUCGGCGAGAGUGGCAUCGGCAAGAGCUCUUUGCUCCGUGCCGCAGCUGGCCUGUGGACAGAUGGUCGAGGGACGCUUCAGCUCUGUAAGCGACAGCAUGUCUUCUUCAUGCCGCAGAAGCCCUACAUGUUCCUGGGGUCACUGAGGGACCAGCUGUUAUACCCUCAUGUGGAGGAAAGCUUCAUUAGCAACUCUGACUUGGAGAAAGCUCUCCGGCAAGUCAACCUUGGUCACUUGCUGGAGCAGCACAGCCUCUCAGAGUCAAAAGAAUGGGCCAGCUUGUUGUCACUAGGACAGCAGCAGCGUAUAAACUUUGCUCGAGUGCUGUUGCGCUCAGAUGUCAGAAUGGCACUGAUAGACGAGGGCACCUCAGCCUGCGAUCCGGCUAACGAGGCUGUGUUGUAUGAGUUGCUUCAGCAGCGACUCUGCAGCUAUGUCUCCAUUGGUCACAGACCGGCGCUGCAACGGUUCCAUAGCCAUGCGCUUUGGCUUCACAAACCGUCGCUGGAAAGCGCCGCGUCUGCAUGUUCUCCUAGUGCUGCCGAUCUUACGGAAAUCGAAUUUAUGCCAAUGGCAGAGUUCCAGGCUAAGAAUCCAGUCAUCAUCCAGAGCAUGAUGAACGGAGCGAUCGGACUGGUUGUCUACCAGUAUAUGGACAGCUUGUCAGCAGGCAAUUUGGAUUACACUUUGGAGAGUGUUGGUAAAUCAAACCUCACCUGCCUCACUGGCUGGCUCCGCCGGAACGAGCUCACCUCUUGGACUCAGUACGACACGUGGAGCCGAUGGUGGGAGUAUCAAACAGGUGUGGAUGACUAUGUGGUCAACAACACGUGCGUUCCGUUUCCGGUCGAUGCAUACGACCAAAGUUGCAGGGAUAUGCGCGUUCCUGUGCAUGAGUUCGAGAACCGUCUCGGGUAUCCGCUCGGUCUGGGUGAGAAGGUGAGCGUCAACAACGAGCUCUUGUAUGCGUUCGCCUAUACAUUUUUAGUACUGGGGAUCCUAAACUUGAUCGGCUUUGCCAUCCACGAUCUCGCGCUCCUUUCUAGAUCUCAGCAGAACUAUGUCCUCGACUGGCCAGCUUUCAACGAGGGCUUUCCCAUCUUUCGACGGUUCACGAAGCUUUCAGGUAUUACGAUACUUCGGGCUUUGUUCUCUAUCGAGGGCACUGGCAGCAAACUGGCACUUCUGAUAGGGAUCAUCCUGACCCCAAUCAUUACCGCCUGGGCACUGCUGUUCCUAGUGUUCAUCGUGACUCCCGCGCUGCUGCUCUUGUACGUCCGCUAUCCCGUCCGCCUGAGCCGCUUUGCAGUAUUUCUGACGCUGAUUGCGACCGCCGUGUUCGGACUAACGAUGGCGAUCAUCCCGCUCGUGUACUUAGUCAAUCUGGACGAGCGGCCACGAUAUGCAUUGGUCUUUCAGGUGCAAGACUACCAGCCUGGAACCUGCUACUGCGGCUGCUCCUACUUCAUCAAUGCAGCCAGCCUGGUUCGAAUCUUCGCGAUCGGCGCGGGGGUGGUCUUCACCUCGUGCCUCUCUGCAUUCCGCUGCCUCAAGGGCCUCCGACGAGCACAGUGGGCGAACCUGAUGUCGGUUCUGUUUCCCAUUCCUGUCACCGUCUACUCCGUCUUCUGGAAGACCCCCAAUGACGAGCCAAUUCGGCACAGAAAGGAGGGUGAGCCGGUGCAAUCGGAACUAGCCUUCGAUCCCUUCGCCCUGAUGGAUGAGCAACCGGAAAGCAGAUACAUGACGGUGACACUGAAGCCGGAGUUUGCUUAUGACGUAGAUGAACGAGGGCGAUGGAAGCCCAUGGGCGACCGUAUGAUAGAUGGGCCGAAGCUGCCAGAGUUGAAGAAGGGCGAGCUUUUCAAGCAACCUACAGAAGUGAUUGGAUGCUGCGGCUUCCCUUGCCUCACGGGUGGCUACCAGGUCAUUUACGUCAGUGACGACGAGGAGGACCCCCAGGAGCCUGCUUUGCAGCCACUUGGUUCCCUGGCUUCCUUGGAGGGAGGGCUGAGUCCCCAAGUGCUGGGGGUGGAUUCCAUGGACACCAGUGCGGAAGACGCCUUGAAGAACGUUAGGUCGAAACACACUGCCGCGUCCAAGAACACGUCCGGCCCCAUGACUCGCAGGGCCCGUGGUGAGUCCAAUGCGUCAAUAGAAGAGAAGACCAAGACACGCUUGCCCAAGCACGUUGCCACGCUGAGAUUGGCUCGCGGAAGCGAGGAGCCGGCCAGCAGAACUGGAUCACCACUUCCGAGCCCUGCUGCUUCGAAGGCCGCACAACCAGCCCCCGGGCCUGAGAAAAGUGGCAGCGAGAUGAAGCUGCAGUCCCACGUGAAGGGCCGCAAGGCAAGAAUGGCGGAGGCAUUCGCCGGUAUGCAUCCGCUUGCGGCAGCCGAUUCCUUGAUGGUCAACUCAAUCCCAUCAGAUCAACUCAUGACGACUGGGCAACGACAAAGACGGAUCCUUUCCGAGGCCAAUCACAGGCAGCGGACGGGGAGCGUGGCUUCGAGUGAAUCAGAAAACGAUUCCAAUGCGGGCUGCCGGAGCAUGGCGGAACGCGUUCGAGUCUCUCUUCCCGCAGGAGCUCGCCAGGUCCAUGCGCUGCCGCUGAGCGACCAUGAGACUGCUGUGCUGCGCUGGACAGCCGUUGUCCUGGACGAGCGCACCGUGGAGCUUGAAGUUUGCGCGCAGCUUCAUUCAGAGGAGGGCGCCCAGCGGAUUCAACUGGCUCGAGCGGCCUGCGGUGGAACUUUCGUUGGCCGAUUCGUGCCGUGCGAAGAUCGCCGCCUAAAGGCCGUGAAAGCCAAGUCCAAGAUCCUGGACUCUGUGGUCUUCUUCUUCAGCAACGCUUCGAGCUGGUUUGCGCACAAAGAGGUGGAGCUCAUCACGCUGUGGGAAGACCUGCCGUUCCAACAAGGCCGCAGCAUGUCACCGGCAGCGAAGGCAGUGGAGGAGUCUCCAGCGUGUCCCUUGGAUCCGUAUCCGGAUGAGGACGGCAACCAAGAGGACGAUUGGGGCUAUGGCUGGGUUGAUGAAUCUGGCCGCUCGGAUGAAACAUGCAGCUUGGGGAAAGGCGAAAGAGGUGGGGAGUGGCUUAUGCCCGGUGAUGCGCUCUUUUAUGCUCUGUCGAUUGGCUGUUCCCAGACUAGCAUGCUGCAAGCAUCAGCUUCAAAUGUCACCAAGCCGCUGCUGCACAGCAGCGGCAGCACACUGCCAGCUCUUGAGGGUGCAGAGGGUGAUCGGCGAUCAGGCUCGGCAGAGGAACUCGGUACCGCCGAAUUUCCGCAAAGAUCAAGGCACAGCCGAGAUCGCUUCGGUUCCGAGGAGUGGGAUAAGGCACCGGUGAAGCCGAGAUCGAAAGACAUGAUGGUCACCGCCAUGCGGAGUCAGGAAUGGAUGCCUGGAGCCCAGUUCCUGCGACGUUUAGGUGACAGGAGACGUGACAAUGGCGACCACGGUGUACGGGUAUCUGAGCAUCUCGCCUCGUCCGAGGUCCCGAGUGGCAUGAGGCCAGGUCAACUGCCGGUCACAACAGGACACGGUGAACCGGAUGUUGUCAGCGUUUGGCAACUGGGCGAAGGCAUCGCCUGCUCCGAUUGUUUGCCCCCUGACCGCGGCGGAGUAGCUUCAGGAUUCCUCGCCGCAAGCUGCGACCCUGAAACGGGAAAAAAGAUCCCGAUGUCUCACUAG